AUGGAAGAAACUCAACAACUGGGUCGUCUGCGCUUUCGUGGGCGCCCUGCUUUGAGAACCGGUCCCAAGAAGCCGCCAAACAAGUACCGCAACGUGCACGUCUUCUACAAGAUGAAGCAAAGCGUCAUUGACAGCUUCGACGAGGUCGGCAUGGCAGCCACACUUGCCAAACACUUUCCACAACUCAGUGGAACCCAACUCAAUACGACAAGAAAGAAGCUGUAUGGGUGGCUCAAGCAUCGUGCUCACAUAAGGCAACGACACUCCCCAGGGAGUACGAAGAACAACUUGCUCGGUGGGUCAACUCCAUGCGUCAAGACGACCGCCAUUGACGCCGAUCAGGAUGAAGCCAGCUUUGCCGCGAGUUGGUCCGGCCAAGACACGCAAGGGGACGGUGACGCAGCGUUAGCCAAGUUCUCUGCGCGGGUUGCCGAGUUGGUCCGUGAGCACAGCAUCGACGUCAUCUACAACGCCGACCAAACGGGUGUGAACUACGAGUAUCUACCGACCAAGCAGGCAAGUGGAUAA